AAAAUAUGAAACACUUUGCACUGCAACAUUCUAACGCAAGCAGACGGUAACAGCAGAUUGCUUCAAUAUAUCACUAAUACUACACUAGAUGAAGGGUUUAUUAUGAAGUCUUUGAUGAAGUAAUGGAGGUAAGGUGUAAACAUUGCAGAAAGGACCUUUUUAAUGAAGCAUCAGUAGAAUUAUUAACUUCUCAUGGUGAAAUAAAAAGAAGUCUUAUGAAUGUAGGGUGUAUAACAAAUAAUCCAGAACCUUGUUCAUACAUAUCAAUAGACAGAAUGCCAGGAUGGAUUGAACAAGUUGUAAAUCAGGAAUCUUGGACAAAAGGUAGACUUCAUUGUUCACACUGUAAUAAUCGCAUAGGUUCAUUCAAUUUUAUAAAUGUAUUAAGAUGUGAUUGCAACAAAUUUGUAACACAUCCUAUUAGAAUAAUUAACAGCAAAGUAGAUAUUGUAUAUGAUACUAAAUAAAACAGUUUUGUUAUAUAACUAAAACCAUUGUUCAAAGUA